CAACAAUCAAAGAAGAAGUUCAAACCUAAGAAUAAGUCCAUCAAUAACAAGAAUAAUAUAAUAAUAAUAGCACCAAAACAUCAUGGAAUUUGACGCUGUAAGGGCUCUCUCAACUUUUACAAAGUGCAUUGUGUGCACCUUAUUAAAAAGGAUCUGCAUGCGACAUAAGUUGGCGGGAGCUAUUCAAUUGGAAAACCAUGGCGUGUAUUGAUAAUGGUGCUCAUGCACCUUUACCUUCGCCUUCACCUCCCCAUCCUCUAUCUCGUCAUACCUUUUUCCUCCACUCAUACCACUAUCCUGUAGGACCGCUUCGCCAUUCCAGAGGGAGAUAUUGAUAUCGAAUUGGGCCCUGUUGACUCUGCUCCAGCAGUCCUCUCUAGUGAAGUCAUGAACAACUCUAUGCUAGAGCUGGAACAGGAACUGGAUGCACAGACAAGAGACAUCUCGACACGGUUUCAGAAUGAGCGACGUCCCGAACCUCCAGGUUUAGAUCAGGCCUUAUCUAACACUUAUGGUAGCCGCCACAGCAACAACGUCAAUAUUAGAUCAAAUCGCUUGAACAACAACAGCAGCAACAUUAUGCCACAUAAGUAUGCUAGCAAAAGUGGAGGGUUUGUAACAGGGUUUGAUCCAUUAUCAAAGGAGGAGCAAGCAAAGAGGGCUAGCCGUGCACAGCGGUUCGGAGCUGCUACUCAAGCUGAGGCGCCAAAGAACGAUCCAAUGGACGAGAACGGAACUAGUAUGGAUGUCGAUGAUGGGGAAUGGACUAGGCCUGACAACUUGCCAGAAACGCCUCCAAGGACUACAACUAUCCGUCCGGAGGCUGUGUAUCUUUAUGGCACGGAUGAAAUGUCUACUCAAGAUGUCCUCAAAUACUUUGAAGCCUAUGGUCCCAGUCAUGUGGAAUGGAUCGAUGAUUCUUCAUGCAAUGUUGUGUUCCUAGAUCAAUUCUCAGCCAAACGCGCUCUUUACUUCCAAUUGGUUGACAAUAAUGUUAGCUUUGGUGAGGACGACGAUGGUAAUGGCGAUGUAGAACCCACUCGACCAGAUGAAGGUGUUGUGAAUGGCGUAUCUGCUCCUACGCUGAUUCAAGGACCUAAAUCUAAGAACAGAUUGCAGCGUGCCAAAAACUAUAUCCCUGUCCACCAAAAUCAGAAUCAACCGGUCGCUAAAAGCAACAAGGGGUUGUUCUUGCGAUAUGCUACAGACAUGGAUCGCAAGGAAAAGGGAGCGGCAACCAGGAGUCAAUACUAUGCAGUCCAUGGACGGGAAAAUGACAGCAUUAGAUCAUCUAGAUCAUCUCAGGCCAAUAGCUACAGCAACAGAAAUAGCAUGGGCUCUUCACGGUACGGUCGCCGUAGCCGUGCAGAUGACGAAGAGGUAUGGCUCCGAGGACGUGGCAUUACUACUUUUAGUCGUCUCCGCCGGAAGUAUGAGGAUGGAGAAACAUUGUCUCCAUCCCCAACUCGUCACCGUUCUUGGUCACGCAACAGGAGACUGACUGGCUCAAGGUCCAGAUCACGUUCAAGCUCGAGAUCAAGGUCGCUUGAUCGUGGCUCACAGUCCCCAGAAUUUUCAUUUCGCCGUGAGCGUGCAAGUCGUUCCCCAGAGUCGAGAGGCCGCGCGCAUAUGGAUGAAUAUGAGCAACGGGGCCGACGAGGCGACAUUUCAUCGCGUCUUGGCAAUCGUGUUAUUGAUGAUACGGCCGUCGAAAACAGACUCAAUCAAUAUGCAGAUGACUUUUUAGCCGAACUCGAGUCCUCGUUUUCACGUCGGGAAAAGGCUAUUCCGAAGACAAAGCUGUAUAGUGAUUUCUAUGAACGUGAGACUCUUUCAGAAUUCCCACCGGAAUCUCAGACAACGUCUACAGGCAGUGGUCGGAGCAAUCGAAGAGACAACCGAGGUGACCGUGGACGACAUAUAGAUGAUUCAACUACUUUCGCAGGAGCAUCAGCUUCCGCUCCUGGAACAAGGGGAAGGAAAGAUCAUAGAAGAGAAAGAGAAGAGGCUCUGAAGGCACUGGAAGCACGAUUGGGUUUGCCUGCAAAUGAGCAGUUGGAUGAGUUUGGACGUUCAAGAAGAACUUAAAAAAAACUCCAACUUAUUACAUUCAUAAUUGCUACUACACAGCAAUCUUCAUUUACAGAAUAGCUCC